UCACACCAGAGACAAGAGAAAAAUCAUCUCCUUGGUCCUUGGUCACAAAACAACUUGAUGGGGGAUGGACCAUGGACGGACAUGGAUCUAUUUUGAAAGAGCUUUUAUAAUUUAAAAUGAUACGCAGUUCAAUUGUCGCAAGCACAAACUUCAGACAGUGGUAAGGAGAUCAACAAACUGCGAAGCAAUUCUUUGUUUUGGAUAUUGUGUUGGCCGGUCACGCACGCAGGAUCACCUUUUGGUGGUUUUUAAUUAAGGAGAAGAAGACUUCGCAAAAUCAUGAUGAAUGGAUCAUUGACGUCUUUGUGAUGAUUAUUGUCAGUGGUCAUUAUUAAAAAAAUUGAUGCUGCCUUGAACAGCAGAAAGUUCUCAUAAAAUUCCAAUGGCUGGAAUAAGCUGGUACUCCUGUGAGUACACUCGAUCAAGUCCUGUCCCAUUGUGCAGCCUAGCAAAUCUGCAGCUUAGGUUUUUGUGCCCUGCUGAUUUAGAGGAGGUUCGUCAUUUAUGCCAGGACUGGUUUCCAAUUGAAUACCCAGACUCUUGGUAUCAUGAUAUCACAUCUGAUCCACGAUUUUACUCUUUGGCUGCGAUCUAUGGUGGGAUAAUUAUUGGACUAAUUGUAGCAGAAAUAAAGUCAUACAGCAAGUUAAGCAAUGAGGACGGAACCAUUUUAUCAGUAUCUCCCCAUGAAAGGGUGGAAGUAGGCUACAUUCUAAGUUUAGGUGUAAGCAAAGUGUAUCGAAGAAAUGGGAUUGCAUCGCUGUUGCUAGAAAAUCUCAUCUUCUAUUUGACUACAAGUGAAAACAUUCAAUGCAAAGCUUUGUUCUUGCAUGUUUUAACCACUAACACGGCUGCGAUUCAUUUUUACGAGCAACGACGAUUCAAACUUCAUUCAUUCCUGCCUUACUACUACUCAAUACAAGGCAAAAGCAAAGACGGUUUCAUGUACGUUCUCUAUAUAAAUGGAGGUCAUCCACCAUGGAAUUUAGUGGAUUACGUCAAACAUUAUUGUGAAGUUCUGGUUCAAGCAGACCCUUGUUCGGUGCCAAUGUGGAUUUGGGGUCAAAUGCAAGCACUAACCGAUUGGAUAUGGCCCAGGGUCGGCCGAGCAGCACACAGUACCUCAACCUUAUUCUGGUAGACUGACUGUACACAUUAUUGAGAUAUAUGAUCAAGUUUUAUUCAUGUUUCCUAUUUGUGUUGUUUCUUAAGUAAUACAAUUAUGUUUCUUGAAACAACGCUA